CUUGUGUGGAGGUGACGGCGCAUGCGCGGUGUGCAGCUGGGGGAACCCACGUGUGACAGUGAGAGGUGAAUUGCAGGCAGCAGUUUGGUCUCCAUUUAGUCAUCAUGUCCUGGUUAUUCGGGAUCAAUAAGGGGCAGCCUGACCCCACCAACAUCCCUGGCUACCCUGCCCCCCCUACUCCUCCUGGGGGUGAUGGGGAUGGAGGAGACAAGAACAAACCCAAGGACAAAUGGAGUAACUUUGACCCCACCGGCCUGGAGAGGGCAGCCAAAGCAGCCAGGGAGCUGGACCAGUCCCGUCACGCCAAAGAGGCUCUCAAUCUUGCAAAACUUCAAGAGGAAACCCUUCACCUGGAACAACAAUCUAAGAUUAAGGAAUAUGAAGCUGCACUGGAGCAGAUUAAAAGUGAGCAGAUCCGAGUCCAGGGAGACGAGAGAAGGAAAACAUUACAGGAAGAAACAAAACAAAACCAAUCGAGGGCACAAUACCAGGACAAACUCGCAAGACAGAGGUACGAGGACCAACUUCGGCAACAACAAAUGCUGAAUGAAGAAAAUUUAAGAAAACAAGAAGAUUCUGUCAAAAAACAAGAAGCCAUGCGUAGAGCUACUAUAGAGCAUGAGAUGGAGUUGCGGCACAAAAACGAGAUGCUCCGAAUCGAGGCCGAGGCUCGUGCUCGCGGCAAAGUGGAACGAGAGAACGCAGAUAUCAUCCGGGAGCAGAUUCGCUUGAAAGCCGCAGAGCACCGGCAAACUGUGUUGGAAUCGAUCAAGACUGCGGGAACUGUGUUUGGAGAAGGUUUUCGUGCCUUUAUUUCCGACUGGGACAAAGUGACAGCAGCUGCAGCAGGGUUAACAAUACUUGCGUUGGGUGUCUACACCGCAAAGAAUGCCACUGGUGUCGCUGGCCGAUAUAUUGAAGCCCGUCUUGGCAAGCCAUCCUUGGUUAGAGACACUUCCCGUAUCACCGUGCUAGAGGCAGCAAAGCAUCCUGUUAAAGUGACGAAACGCAUUUUCAGCAAGGUUCAGGAUGCCUUAGAAGGUGUCGUUCUAAGUCCAAAACUGGAGGAGCGAGUGAGGGAUAUAGCAAUUGCUACAAGAAACACAAAAAAGAAUAAAGGUCUUUAUAGAAACAUUUUAAUGUAUGGCCCACCCGGUACUGGAAAAACUCUUUUUGCUAAGAAAUUAGCCGUGCAUUCUGGCAUGGAUUACGCCAUCAUGACCGGAGGUGAUGUUGCCCCCAUGGGGCGAGAAGGAGUUACCGCAAUGCAUAAAGUUUUUGACUGGGCAAACACAAGCAAGAGAGGCCUUCUGUUGUUCGUGGAUGAAGCUGAUGCAUUUCUCAGGAAGAGAUCCACGGAAAAGAUCAGUGAAGAUCUGCGGGCGACACUAAAUGCCUUCCUUUACAGAACAGGGGAACAAAGUAACAAGUUUAUGUUGGUAUUGGCAAGCAACCAGCCUGAACAGUUUGACUGGGCAAUAAAUGAUCGAAUAGAUGAGAUUGUCAACUUCGCUCUUCCAGGACUGGAGGAGAGAGAGCGUCUUGUUAGACUUUACUUUGAUAAAUACGUCUUAAAACCUGCAUCGGAAGGCAAGCAACGUUUAAAACUUGCCCAAUUCGACUACGGGAAAAAGUGCUCUGAACUUGCAACGCUGACUGAAGGCAUGUCAGGCAGAGAGAUUUCCAAACUCGGAGUAGCAUGGCAGGCGGCUGCUUACGCCUCCGAAGAUGGCAUUCUGACCGAAGAAAUGAUUGACGCUCGUGUAGCUGACGCAAUCCGCCAGCAUCAGCAGAAAAUGGAAUGGCUUAAGGCAGAGGGUAAAGAUGAAAGCAAAGAAUCCAGAAAAAAUCCUUUACAGCCGCUCCUUCAGGGUACCCCUGUUUGACAGCACUACUAGAAAAAAAAAUGCCUGAACUGCCUCAAUCUUCUGUCCACAAGUGAAAUGCCAAUAGCUGCCGUUUACAGCCCCCGAUAUUAACCUCUGCGUCCAGUGAAGUCACGGGAGCAUAGUGGAAGACUUUUUCAGCAGCAGGUUACAGGAAACCAUAGAUGAAUACUCAGAAGUUCCUUACUUCCAUUUCACUUUUCAUUCCCUAACGAACUCAUUCGUCCUUUUUAUAUUCUUUUUAGGGUAAUUGUGAUUAUUAAUAUAUUAUGUGAAAAUGGAUCAUUUUGUUUUAAAACUUAAUUAAGCUGUUGCAAUAAAAUAAUCCCUGGUGGAAUGGAGAGGAU